AUGAAGUACACGACAGCACGAUUGAUCGCAAUGUUCUUCCUAAUAUUGCAUAAACUGCUGACGGAAGAAAUAGGAAUUAACCAUUAUUCCCGACUGAUCAACGACGUCCACAGACAUUAUCGCACGUCGUGCGUUAUUUUUGUGCGAUCUGGCAAUUCCGACUUGAACACAACGACAUUGGUGCACAUGUGGUCGCUUGAAUUCUCACGGCAGCGAGUAAUGACCAUGAUGACAACUUUCUCGGAUUUGACGAGCAAGUACAAUGAGUACCAGGAAAAUGUCACGCGGCCUUUGUUCGUUGUUCUACUCGAUACUGGGAAAACUAUGGCCGAGUUCGCCAAUACCACGAAAAGCAUAAAGCCUAUCUCUUUCCCCAUCUGGUUCAUCGUGUUCCUUCAAUAUCCUGGGAAUCCUUUCGAAGAGCACUGUACACACCCUACCCAUAACGUAUUCAAUGUGGAUGUCAGCACCCAGAUGCUGAUCUUGUGCUGCGAUCGCCCGAUUUUGGUCGAGUGCCACGUGGUCCCCCGAUAG